CAACCCUAAUUGAUAUUUUUCCACCUCUAACUAAGUAUAUAAGUACAGAGAUUAGUGCAAAAUUGUUGUUGUUAGAUUAGUUUUUGGUCAUUGGGAGCCAGCAAAUGCACUCUAUUGGCACUACAUGUUAAAGGAUAUUGGCUGCUAGCGGAUCCGGAUCAAAUUGUCCAGGCAGCAGGAAGCGGGGCGUACCAGCGGUCGUCGAGAAUCUGGGUGUGUAUAGGUGUGCGCCUGUGUGUGUGUGUGUAUGUGACGUGUUAGGCAAGCAAGAGAGCAAGGAAAUUCCACCGAAUAACUAUCUUUCUUCCCAUCCCAUGGCAAUGGCAUCCAAAGAAACUGAACGCCUUCCAUUCAGCUCCCGAUAAUUCUGCAAUUGAGAUAACACAGCCUUAAUUUACGACACUAAACUGUUUAUCUGUCCAAUUGUACUUGUACUAUCUGUCUCUGUUGUAUGUUCCUGUGUAAGUGUUUGUAUGCGCGGGUGUGUGUGUGUGUGUGUGAGAGAGCUCUUUGGAGCUGAUAAAUUUUUCGCUUCGAAAUUUAACGCCACUGGCAAGCAGGCAGCAGCAGCAGUUGACCGCCGAACAAUAUUGGCUAAGGUUUAAUGGAUGACACAUCACCAUGGGAAAGCUACUAUCAAAAAUUUUCGGCAACAAAGAAAUGCGAAUUCUUAUGCUCGGACUGGACGCGGCUGGCAAAACAACGAUUCUGUACAAACUGAAACUAGGGCAAUCAGUUACAACGAUACCCACUGUGGGCUUUAACGUGGAAACCGUCACCUACAAGAACGUCAAGUUCAACGUUUGGGAUGUCGGUGGACAGGAUAAGAUACGACCGCUCUGGCGACACUACUAUACGGGAACACAGGGUCUUAUAUUCGUAGUGGACUGUGCGGAUCGGGAUCGAGUGGAUGAGGCGCGCACGGAGCUGCAUAGGAUAAUUAACGAUAGGGAGAUGCGUGACGCCAUCAUUCUGAUAUUUGCUAAUAAACAGGAUCUGCCUAAUGCAAUGAAACCCCAUGAAGUCCAGGAAAAACUAGGUUUAACUAGAAUAAGAGAUCGCAAUUGGUAUGUACAACCGUCAUGUGCCACAUCCGGCGAUGGCCUGGCCGAGGGCCUGAUUUGGUUAACGUCGAACCAUAAGUUAUGAGAGUCGUAAUUGAGCAUUUUCUUAUAUGUAUAUGUAUAUGGCAUGUAUUAUUCGAAGCGAAGCAAAAGCAAAAUAUUCUAUUUUAUUUAUACGAAGAAAGAAAAACAAACAAGUGAGAGAAAAACCGAAAUACAUCAACAACCAAAAGCGCAUAGUAAAGAAGCCCAAUUCGUAAUUACGAACGUACAUAACUUAACGAAAAAAAAAAAAUGUUAAAAAAUGGUAAAUAUAGAAGUCAGAUUUAUAUAUAUAACGAGUAUAUAUAUUCUCUCAAUUAACCAACCAACCAACCAAUAUUCUCACUAGUAAAAAUACACAUAACAAAUAAACGAAGCAUCAACAAUAUAAGCAAACAAAUAAAUAUGCGUAAAAUACAAAAAUUAUGCGUGAAGCACAGAGAUAUAAUGCAAAAAGCGAAAACAUCAACGGAGAUUAGUGUUAAGUAAGUUUUUCUUGUAAAUUAUAUUGAUGAGACAUGUAAGCAAUAAGUUGAAAGCUUGUUUAUUGCAACUGUUACUAUAUAUUUGACUUGAACAAGGGUAACGAGUCUUAAAUAAAUUGUAAAUAAAUAUUCAAAUUAAAGCCCAUAUACAACAACAACAACAAACAAAAUACAAAAUACAAAAUACAAAAACAAAAUAAAAAAGCAAAAAACACCGAACAAACAAUUGAACAAACCUAUAGAUUGCUAUUUAGAUUAAAACUGAGUCUUCAAAAAAAAUAUAAAGAAAUAGUAACUGUGCCUUCCUCAA